AUGUCUCGCUCGCCCUCGGAACCCUGUGCCACACCAGCCUCGUCACCCAGCAGUUCACUGAAGCACCGUUCUCAGUAUACGUACCGGCAACUACAGCUUCUUCGCCAGGGUUCCACUGCGACUCCACUAAGAGUGAUCGCCCACAUCGACCUCGAUGCCUUCUAUGCGCAAUGUGAGAUGGUGCGGCUGGCAAAGCCACGCGAGACACCUCUCGCUGUGCGGCAGUGGGACUCGCUCAUCGCAAUUAACUAUCCUGCUCGAUCGUUUGGAAUCACUCGAAUGAUGUCUGCCGACGAAGCGAGAAAACACUGUCCCGAGAUUGUUCUGCAGCAUGUCGCGACCUUCCGGGAAGGGGAAGGCGGACAGUGGGCGUACAGGGACGACGCGUUCAAGAACAUCAGCACGGACAAAGUAUGCCUGGAUCCGUACCGGGCGGAAUCUCGGAAGAUUCUGAAGUUCACAAAGGAAGAGCUGUCGAGGUGGCAUGCAGACCUGGUGGACGGCGAACGCGGCGCCGGCGCGCAGUUUCAGAUACAACCUGCUAGUCUUGAAAAAGCCAGUAUUGACGAGGUCUUCAUUGACCUGUCGCCGUUGGUCUAUGGGGUUCUACUCCAGCGGUACCCGGAGCUCCGUGCUGGGUCGCAAGAUGACGACCGCUUCACACCACUGCCUCGUCCUCCAACCACAGCAUUGGAGUGGAAUCCAGAGGAUUGCCUGAUAGAUCUGGAUGAGAACGAGACCGAGGUCGAUGAUCCUGAUUGGGAUGAUAUUGCCAUGCUCAUAGGGUCAGAGAUCGUACGAUCCGUUCGAAAAUUUGUCUGGGAUAAGCUCAAAUAUACGUGUUCCGGGGGUGUUGCCAGAAACAAAAUGAUGGCCAAGUUGGGGAGCGCUUGCAACAAGCCGAACAAGCAGACAAUCGUUCGGAACCGUGCGGUCCAGAAUUUCCUUGGGGGUUACAAGUUCACCAAAAUCCGGAUGCUUGGAGGCAAAUUGGGAGACCAGAUCACCGCUUCUUUUGGCACAGAGCAAGUGAGCGAUCUCCUAAAGGUGUCUCAUGAACAACUCCGGGCCAAGCUUGACGAUGAUACCGCCAGCUGGCUAUAUGGGAUAAUUCGAGGCGAGGACAAGAGUGAGGUGAAUCCAAGGACUCAGAUCAAGUCGAUGUUAUCCGCAAAAUCAUUCAGACCGAGCAUCAAUUCUGUAGACCAGGCCGAGAAAUGGCUGCGGAUCUUUGCUGCCGAUAUCUAUGGCCGCCUGGUCGAGGAAGGCGUGCUUGAAAAUAGACGCCGCCCGAGGACGGUUUCGUUGCAUCACAGACAAGGUGCUCAAGUACGCUCCAAGCAACUCCCUAUUCCUGGUUCCGCCACAAUCGACGAGAGUUUGUUGUUCGAACUCGGUAGAACAUUGCUUCGGCAGGUCAUUGUUGAUGGUCGCGCGUGGCCUUGUGCGAACCUCUCCUUGAGCGUGGGCGGAUUCGAAGAUGGUGUGAGCAAGAACAAGGCGAUUGACAGCUUCUUGAUCCGUGGCGAACAGGCCAAAAAUGUUGUUCAGCCCAUCAGAAAUCAAGAUAUAAUUGGAACGAUGGACACACACCAGCAUGACGACAAACGAAGGAAGGCCGAGGUCAACGGUAUUAGACGAUUCUUCAGUAUUCCUCCUGACACUAUCCAAGAAGCCGUCUCUCCGGAUUUGAAUACGAUCCAGCAUGAUAGAAAGAAAGAGGAGGGCAGCGAUCAUAUCCCCCAUCAUGAGCAACCCUCGCGGAGUGAACAGCCAGUGGCAGCUCAGGAGGCUUUAUAUACCUGCAAUCGAUGCCGGCAAUCUCUUCCGAUCGAUGGAAGGAACGAGCAUGAUGAUUGGCAUUUUGCCAAAGAUUUGGAGAUUGAGGAGCGACAAGCAGCUAGAAAUGAUCAACAGGCCUCGCGCUCAGUGAGUGACGCUGGCUCGUCCCAACCUCGUGGCAGAGCUGCCCGCACUGCUCGCGGAAGGUCUGAAAAAGGGCAGACCCGACUCAGUUUUGGAUGA